AUCUCUUAUCUCUCUCUCUCUCUCUCUGCCACUUCCUAUUUGUCUCUCUGUCUCCUUACAUGUUUCUAUCUGCUCAUUAAUUAACUUUGAUGUGUGGUGGUAAAGUCUGAUCAAUUUGGAUAAACUUUAGUUCUUUUGGAGGCUUUAUGUUGUUUUCUUUUUCCUAGUGUUCUACUUUUCAAGUUGAAAAGAUUGUGUUUUUAAUCUUAUUUUUUGGUUGGUUGUUCUUAAUUUCAUCUUUGUUUUGCUGAAAGAUUUGUUUUUUAUGUUACCCUUUGUUUCUAUUUUGUAAAGAUUGUUUCUUUUUUUGCAUCCUGAAAAGUUUGUUAAUUCAGGUUGAUAAUUUGACAUGAAGUUGUGAACUUGUGAUCAAGUUUAGUGUGUAAACUAUGAAGUGAAAGCUGAGAGAUUGAUCUUGAUAUUUGGUGGUGUUUGUUGGUUUUUUUUUUUUUGUGACCAUUGAAAUGAUUUUGAAGUUAACAUGGUGAUGAUGGAAGUUCAUGUGUUUGAGACAAGUUUGAAGAGUUUUCUAUGUGUGUUUAGUAUACAUGCAAUUAUUGUAAGUGGAUGAAGAUGGAGGGUUCUUCUGGUUCUGCUUUGCAGAAUUCUGAGAGUUCUAGGGCAUUGAAUAGUUCUGGAGUCUCAGAUAGGAAUCAAAGGGUUCAUUGUCCUGAAGGAAACCCUUUUUCGGGCGAAGGAUCGCAAGGUUCACGUUUUAGAAAGGAAAGGGAAUGGAUUCUUAGUGGACAAGGUGAUCAACCUAAAAAUUUAGGUGGGUUUUGUGAGGAUGAAGUAGAGAACGACCCUUUCUUUUGUUCUAUAGAAUGGGGUGAUAUUAGCUUGAGGCAAUGGUUGGAUAAACCUGAUCGGUCCGUAGAUUUCUUUGAGUGUUUGCAUAUAUUUAGGCAAAUAGUUGAAAUCGUUAAUGCGGCGCAUUGUCAAGGAGUUGUAGUUCAUAAUGUGAGGCCUUCUUGCUUUGUCAUGUCGUCUUUCAACCAUAUAUCGUUUAUUGAAUCGGCUUCUUGCUCGGAUACCAGUUCAGAUUCUUUAGGAGAUGGAAUGAACAACGACCAAGGCAUUGAGGUUAAAACACCGACAUCUCACUGUCCUCAUGAUAUAAUGCAUCAUCAGAGUUUAGGAAGUGAAGAUUUUGCACCUGCCAAGAUUUCGGUGGCUGCUCGGUCUGAUUCUAGUUGCAUGCUGUCAAGUGCCGUCUAUGCAGCUCGUGCAUCAUUAAUAGAAGAAACGGAAGAAAAUAAAAUGAAAGAUAGGAGGAAGGACGAAGAAGUGGAAGGGAAAAAGCAAUCGUUUCCGAUGAAACAGAUAUUGCUAAUGGAGAUGAGUUGGUAUACCAGUCCUGAAGAAGUUUCCGGUACUCCUAGUUCAUGUGCUUCGGAUGUUUACAGAUUGGGGGUCCUCCUUUUCGAGCUAUUUUGUCCACUGAGCUCAAGAGAAGAGAAAAGUAGAACAAUGUCUAGUCUUAGACAUAGAGUUCUUCCUCCACAGUUACUUCUAAAGUGGUCUAAGGAAGCUUCAUUUUGCUUAUGGUUACUACAUCCUGACCCUAGCAGUCGCCCAACACUAGGGGAGUUGUUGCAGAGUGAGUUCCUUAACGAACAGCGAGAUGAUAUGGAAGAACGUGAAGCAGCAAUAGAGCUAAGGCAAAAGAUAGAAGAUCAAGAGUUGUUACUAGAAUUCCUUUCGUUACUCAAACAAAGAAAACAAGAAGUUGCUGAAAAGUUGCAACAUACUAUCUCCUUUUUGUGUUCUGAUAUCGAAGAAGUGACCAAGAAGCAAACUAGGUUUAAAGAGAUUUCCGGGGUUGAACUAGGGAGUGACGGUCGAUCCCCAUCGACUUUCCCGUCCAUGACAGUUGUUGAUACCAAGGAUUCCGCUUGUUUAGGAACUAGAAAACGAGUUAGACUAGGGAUGCAUACCAAUAACAUUGAUGAAUGUGAUGAUAACAUGGACAAUGAUCAGAAAAAUCAGGGAAGUUUUCUUUCGAAAAGUUCACGGCUAAUGAAAAACUUCAAGAAACUUGAGUCAGCAUACUUUUUAACACGAUGCAGACCAACCUAUUCCUCAGGGAGACAUGCAGUUAGACAUUCAUCUAUAGCAAAUGAUGGGAGAGGGUCUGUUGUCAUGAGCGAAAGAAAUAGCAUCAAUAACUUGGCGUUGAAAGAUCAAAGCAGGGACAGUGUGAGUGCUUGGAUAAACCCUUUCCUCGAGGGUUUGUGCAAGUACUUAUCUUUCAGUAAGCUUAAGGUUAAAGCCGACCUGAAGCAAGGUGAUCUUUUGCAUUCUUCCAACCUAGUAUGCUCGCUCAGUUUCGACCGCGAUGGAGAAUUUUUUGCAACAGCUGGUGUGAAUAAGAAAAUCAAAAUAUUUGAAUGUGAUACAAUCAUAAAUGAGGAUCGUGAUAUCCACUAUCCGGUAGUGGAGAUGGCUAGCAGGUCAAAGUUGAGCAGUUUAUGUUGGAAUACAUACAUCAAAAGCCAAAUUGCUUCAAGUAACUUUGAAGGUGUUGUACAGUUAUGGGAUGUUACAAGAAGUCAAAUACUAUCUGAAAUGAGGGAGCACGAUCGGCGAGUGUGGUCCAUUGAUUUCGCAUCAGCAGAUCCAACAAUGCUGGCGAGCGGCAGCGACGACGGUUCCGUUAAGCUAUGGAGUAUCAAUCAGGGAGUUAGUGUCGGUACCAUCAAAACAAAGGCGAAUGUAUGCUGCGUUCAGUUUCCGACGGAUUCCGCUCGUUACCUUGCGUUUGGUUCGGCUGAUCAUCGGAUAUAUUACUACGAUCUACGCAACCUAAGAGCGCCGCUUUGUACUUUAGUCGGGCAUAAUAAGACCGUGAGCUACAUCAAAUUUGUAGACACUGUCAACCUUGUCUCGUCAUCCACGGACAACACUUUGAAGCUUUGGGAUUUGUCUACAUGCACGUCUCGAGUUAUAGACUCGCCAAUACAAUCGUUCACAGGUCACAUGAAUGUUAAGAACUUCGUCGGAUUAUCGGUAUCUGAUGGUUAUAUUGCUACUGGUUCAGAGACAAAUGAGGUGUUCAUAUACCACAAGGCCUUCCCUAUGCCAGCAUUGCAAUUCAAGUUUCAAAACACAGAUCCAAUUUCCGGUCAUGAAGUGGACGACGCCGCACAAUUUGUCUCCUCGGUUUGUUGGCGUGGUCAGUCGCCAACAUUAAUCGCCGCAAAUUCGACCGGAAAUGUUAAGAUUCUGGAAAUGGUUUGAGAGAACAUAAUUCAAUUGUUAUAUAUAGAGGGGUAUACAAGUUCCUUCAUUAUUACUUGCAAGUUGUAACAUAACAAAAUUUUUGCAUUAUUAGAUCAUAGCGGAAACAGUUAAAAGAGAAAAGUGAGAUUGAUUGAUAAGGAAGAAAAAAAAGUGUUGUAGAUAAUGUGCCACAUGGGAAAAGUAAAAAAGGUCAAAAUUUAUAUAAGAUUCUAUUAUGGUUUUGAUCUAUAUAUAUUCAAUUUUACAUAUUCAUUUC